UCGCAUUAGUGACAACCGUGUUUAACUUUUGGACCCACAACAUUAGACUCACCUGAACUUCCAACAUGACGGCCGACAUCUGGGACGUUGUUAUAGUCGGAGCCGGGCUGUCCGGGCUCAGUGCGGCUCAUCUGCUCACUAAACGGGACGCCAAGCUGAGAAUCCUGAUCCUGGAGGGGAAAGAUCGAGUGGGAGGUCGCACCGUGUCCUCUGAAAUCCCAGCAGCCGACGGUGCUGAUCGCUGGGACUUUGGAGGACAGUGGGUCGGAAGCACACAAACGCACAUUAUGGAGCUCAUAAAAGAAUUGGGGUUAGAGGUGUAUCCUCAGUUUAAUGUCGGGAAGAAGGUGCUUCACAUGGGUGGGCCCACUUCCAAAGUGAGAUCCUACCGGACCAGCAUCCCUGCUCUGUCUCCGCUGGUGCUGCUGGACUUCACCCAGAUGCUGUGGAAGUUUGACAGACUGUGCAGAACGGUGUGUGUUCAGGACCCACUGAGGACCCCCAACGCGGCGGAGCUGGACAGCAUGACGGUGCACUCGUACGUGGAGCAGCACGCUUGGACUGAAGAACUGAAGGAGCAGCUGGGAGUGUGCAGCAGGUCCGUCUUCGGCGUGGAGCCGUCCCAGAUGUCCUUUCUGUUCUUCCUCAUGUACGCCGCUGCAGCCGGAGGGCUCCUGGCGCUCCUGGAAAGCUCUCCUGGUUGUGCUCAGGAGUUUAAGAUAAAGGGAGGCACCCAACAACUUUCCGAAUGUCUGGCGCAGCGGGUUGGCUGGAAGAACGUCCGGCUGGGCUCUGCUGUGACGGCCAUAUGGCAGGACGGCGAGUGGGCCAGGGUCAUGACGACCGGCGACACCUUCCUGUGCAGGGCUGUGAUCGUCACUUGCCCCCCUCAUUUGGCAGCAAAGAUCCAGUACCAGCCGGCCCUACCCAGCAUGAGGGAAUUCCUCACCCAGAACAUGCCUGUCGGCCAUAUGAUGAAGUUUAUUCUAACGUAUCAGACGGCCUUCUGGAAGGAGAAGGGUUUCUCCGGAGAAAUCGUGGCAGGAUCUUCCACCGACUGUCCGUUCUGUGUCACCUUUGACGCCACCAGCCCGCGUGGGAACCCGGCCCUGGUGGGCUUCAUUUCCGGCCGGGAGGCGACUCUUUGGAGCGCCAGAGAGGUCAUAAGCAGGGAGACGGCGGAGACAAAGAGACGCACAGCAGCUCGAAGAAUACAAGCUGAAGACAAAGAAGGAGGAAACGGCGCUUUUAAACAGAUAAACCAGAAACUUAUCCUGGAGUUGGAGCGCAGGUUUUCUACUGCACUGCAUCAGAGAGCAGAAAACCUCGAGCUCCAGCUAAUUCAGAAGAGAGAAGUUCACCUGCAGAAAUGGGAGGAGAUGAAUUGUGUGAACGAGUUGGAAAGAACAAAACAAGAUCAACUCGGGCAAGACACACUGAGAGCUGAGAAAGAAGAUUUCCAAGGGCAGGAGGAAGGAAACUGGCAGAGCCCAGUCAGCCUGGUCAAAGCUGAAAGCCAAGAGGGAUCGUCAGAGGAGGACCUAUCAGGAGAGACGAUGGCAGGUUGUUCCUCGGAUCCGGAAUCUGCAGAACAGAAUGAGAUCACUGCAGAAACCAUCCUGGAGGAUUUAGUCGAUCCAGGCAUUGAAACCAUCCAGGAUGUGCAGACGGUCCCAGGUGAGGAACCAGACCAAGUGCAGCCCAAACAUGAUGAAUACGACCGCUGGAAACAGAUUCACUCAAAGAAAUAA